CGCUGCCCUCAUAAACCCACAAGGAUUUAUGAUAAUGGACAACAGCCGUGCCUCACAACAGAGUAUGUGGAAAAAUAUCCCAAGUAUAGCAACAUCUCUCCUCCCUGGAGCUUUAAGCCGAAACAAGAGUACCAAGUGCAUCAUGGGAAAAUGGAAGGAAUGACAACAUUUAAAUCUGAUUAUUUACCAUACGAUAUUGUGAAGCGACAUUUUCAGGUACAAGAAGAAUAUAAACCAAAGACAGGAGAGAGAGAACUGGGAACCACAUACCAGAAAGACUACAGUGCUCAUAAAAUACAACCAGUGACGUUAGUAAGACCUCUAGAGAGAAAACACACUACAGGAGGAAAACUGGAUACCAUACCAACCUAUCAAGAUGACUACAGGUCAUGGGAAGUUCCAAGAAGGGAACCUACUAAAGCGGUAUGUAUAUACCACCCACCUACAGAGAAGUUUGGAAAUUCUACUACGUUUCAAGAUAACUUUGUUCCUAGGGAACUGAAUCCCAGACAAAGUUUUAAACCUCCUUGUGUAGCCAAGCUUUCAGAUGUGCCUUUUGAUGGUGCUACCAGCCAUCGUACCUCUUAUAUCGCUCAUCAACUGGAACCAAAAUUCAUAAGACCAAAAGAAGAGUACAAGCCAAGCAACCAACCCUUUUUAGAUCUCACAACCCACCGGAAUGAUUUUAAAGGUCUGCCUGGGGAACUUGCAAAAAGCUGCAAGCCUGAAAUUGCAAAAGUUGGCCCCACUGCUCAUUUUAAUGGAGUCACUGAAUUCCAGGAUCGUUUUCAGCCAUGGCUGGUCUCCUUACCUGAGGUCCGCAAGACCAGAGAGUAUGUUCCACCCCCAGGCAGCAUUGAUUUUAACUCCACAAGCCAUCUUGAUUACGUUAAGCAUGAAAUUUCUCCUGCUUUCCCCAUAAGACCAGUUUCUAAUAGAAGAAGAACCAAUGCCCCUUUUCAAGGGAGUACUACUACGAAAGAAGACUUUAAAGCUUGGGGUACCUGUCGGCAAGAGAUUAUUAAGAAACAGCAGGAAAUUCCAAAACCCAUGGGAAAAUUUUAUGAUUUAACUACAUUCAAAUCUCAUUACACACCACAUCAGAUCAGUCCAGCUCAAAGUUUCAAACCUGUACAUGCUAUAGCUCUUAAUUCAGGUCCUUUUCAAGAUGAAACUAUGUAUCGUACACAAUACACUCCAAAGAAACCAGAGAUCUGCCCAGCAAAUUAUCCGUCUCCUCCAGGUUAUGUCUAUGUAAGCACAGAUUCUCAUGGUCACAAAUUCUUCCGCCAGUGUACUCCAGAAUUUUCCAAGCCAAACAGUAAUCCUAUCCCAAAGGAAAUAGCUGUUGUGUCAUAG